AUGCCCGAGAACCGCCCACGCUACGUGAUUGACAGGCCUGCUUAUAACCUCCCGGACUUUGACAGAGAGUUUGACAAGAAGAGUCGACAACUCCCUGUCGGAGAGAAACUGAAGAAACCCUUCAGAUGCUCGGUGAAGAGACUGAAGGGCUUAUUAUUCAGACAUCUGCCUGUUCUGAGCUGGCUCCCCAAGUACAAAGUGAAAGAAAACCUGCUGCAUGAUGUCUUCAGCGGGGUCAGUGCCGGCACUAUUCAGGUUCCCCAAGGCAUGGCAUUUGCCCUGUUGGCAAACCUCCCUCCCGUCAAUGGUCUCUAUUCGUCUUUCUUCCCCCUCAUCCCUUAUUUCUUCAUGGGCACCACUCCCCAGAUAGUGCUGGGUACGUUUGCCGUCCUCAGCUUUAUGGUGGGAACGGCAUGUCUGCGUCUGGCCCCAGAGUCCGACUUCAGUCAUUUUAAUGCCACUCUAAAUGCUACAAUAGUGGACACAGACAGGAUGGACGAGGUUCGACUGGGAAUAUCUGGAACUCUGGCCUGUCUCACUGGAAUCAUACAGAUUAGCCUUAGCUUCAUGCAGAUUGGCUUUGUGGCCAUCUAUCUGUCAGAUUCGUUCAUCAGAGGCUUCUUGACGGCUGCAUCGCUGCAUUUUCUCACCUCAAUGCUCAAAUUCAUCUUUGGCGUCAAGGUUUCACCUCAUAGUGGUCCACUGGCCAUUAUAUAUAGGCUCAUAGAUAUCGUUCGCAGUCUUCCCGAUACCAACGUAGCAUCUCUAGUAUUCGCUCUGGUCAGCAUUGUAGUCCUGAUUGUGGUGAAGGAGCUAAAUGCCCGCUACCACCACAAGUUGCCCUUUCUUAUACCUGUGGAGUUCAUCGUUGUGGUGGUGGCAACAGCCAUUUCAGGCCCUUUGCAUCUUCCUGAGACCUACAACAUGGAUAUAGUGGGACUAAUUCCUUUGGGAUUCCCAGCACCAAUCCUUCCAACCGUGAGUCAGUGGGAGGAAUUGCUGAGCACAGCUUUCUCUCUGGCAAUUAUGGGUUACAUCAUCAACUUGGCUAUUUCACGGAUACUGGCAACCAAGCAUGGCUACGACGUGGAUGCUAACCAGGAAAUGUUGGCUCUUGGCUGCAGCAAUUUCUUUGGCUCCUUCUUUAAAAUCCAAGUGACCUGCUGUGCUCUGUGCGUGACCAAGGCUGUGAACACAGCAGGUGGAAAAUCACAGUUCGCCUGUUUUAGUGUGAUGAUGGUCGUAAUGGUCACACUGCUUGCAUUGGGAGUCUAUCUGAGACCGCUUCCGAAAUCGGUGCUUGGAGCCUUGAUUGUGGUCAACCUGAAGCCCCCACUCCUCCAGCUCUCCGAUCCAUACUACUUAUGGAAGAAGAACAAAUUGGACUGUUGUGUGUGGGUUGUGACGUUCUUGUCCACAUUCUUACUUGGCUUGCCUUAUGGAGUUGCUGUCGGAGUGGGCUUUUCCUUCCUGGUGGUGAUAUUCAGGACACAACUUCGUAAUGGUUCAGCAUUGGUUCAAAUUGAGGCUACAGAUAUCUACAAAAACCCAAAGGUGUACAGCAAGGGCAUGUCCGUAAAGGGUGUGAAAAUUUUGAACUACUGCUCACCCCUUUAUUUUGCAAAUGCAGAAAUAUUUCGACAGAGGGUCAUCAAAAAGACUGGGCUCGACCCCGGAAAACAUAUCCUGGCCCGACAGAAGUUGUUGGAGAAAAAGCAGAAGGAGAAAGCGAAACAGGAGAAGAAGGACAAGGAGGCAAGAAAGAAGAAUCUCAGCUCUAUGGUUGACAUGAAGAUCCAGACCAUAUCUCAGCUUGAACUGCAAAAGGACUUUGGCUUGAAAGACGACAGACUUCCCAUCAGCUUUGUCAACCCUGGAUUUAGUGACAUUGAGCUGGCUCAGGAGAUGCCUGAGCCUGAGUUGCCCUUCCACACCCUCAUACUCGACCUGGCAGGAGUCUGCUUUAUCGACCUGAUGGGCAUCAAAGUCUUGAUUAAGAUGAACUCAAGCUACUCGAUGCUUGGGAUGAAACUAUACCUGGCAAAUAUUCAAGCCCAGGUGUAUGAGGAACUGAAGGCUGGAGGAGCUUUUGAUGACGGAAACAUUGCAGGCAGUAAUCUCUUUCUUUCUGUCCAUGAUGCCAUUCUGUUUGCACUAGAAACUUCUGAAGGGCAGCGAGACUCCUCAGAGCAAAUUGGCACCACCAGUGAUUACAAGGUUUCUAUGGCCAUCAGGUUUAAUUUGGAGCCCAGGGAAAGUCUCUCAUCACUUAAUGUGUACGGGUCUGCUUAA